UGUAAGCUGUGGUUCAAGAAUGUUACAGAACAAGGAAGGGGUUGUUGACCUCAGUACGGAGGCUGCUUUGACUUGGGGUAGAUAGGAAUGUGAAAGAGGUCCACAGGAGGACAAUGAGCUAUGUGAGGGUACUGGCCCACUUCCCCUAUGUGGUACUCCUGGCAGUGUUUGUUGUGGUGGCCACAUGCCUCAUACUGUCCACUACAGUCAUACAGCUCCCAGACUUUGGAGACCCUAUGGCAGGGUUUGAGCCCCGUGGUACAGAUCUAGGACAGCGACUGGCUACCUACCAUAAUGUCAUGUACAACGUAGACAACAAACUCAGCCUGCUGCCAUUUGGAGCCGAAUUUAAGGACCAGAUUGAGGACCAGCUCACAGACAAUGCGGACAAUGACACAGAGUACUGGGACGAGCAAGGAUAUGUCAAACGCAGCACAAGAAGAACUGCUCUUUGCAACCUCCCAGACAAAGACUACCGAGGGUUGGCAAGAAUUGUGUUCAAGAGUAAAGAUAGCAGUAACCUGUUCACUGCAGACAAGAUCAGGCACAUGUGUCGUGUGGAAGAGGAGCGCAUUCACACACAUCCCACAUACCCAGGUAUGUGUUUGCGAGCCAAUGAUGAGAGCUGUUGCCGAAGCUGGUCUUUGGGCAACUUCAUUGCAUUCCUGACAGGCCACGAGAAUUGCUCGGAGAUAAGAGAGGAAGAUGUGAGUAGGGUAGGACGUUUGUUGCAGAGUUGUGCUCCCUUCUAUCACAAUUAUACCCUUAAACACAACUGUGACACACUAACCCGUGGGGCCAAACGCUACAUCUGCCACGACAUGCCAAAGAAGUGUAUGCGACUCAACACUGUCUACGACAUAUUCCACUACAUAGCAGACAUUGAAUUCCUGCAGACUAACAACAAGGUGUCGUGGCCCGUGUUGAGAUGGGCAGUGACUUUUCUACCUGUGUAUGCUAACGAGAACACUGUGGAGCUAUAUAAGCACAUGGAGGAGUGGACAGAAUCUCUGGAGGAAGUUCAGAUUGUGGGGGUCAACUUUGGCAUCAAGUAUUUGCUGUUUAGUGAGUACCUGUGGUCAGACACAGUGUGGCUUAUGUCAGCUGGCUGUGUUAUCUUCCUCAUCAUCUGGCUGUAUUGUGCAUCACUGUUCAUCACUAUCAUGACCUUUCUGAUGAUGUUUUGGUCCCUGGAACUUGCCUACUUCCUCUACAUGCUUGUGUUUGAGAUCAAAUUCUUUCCCUAUAUGAACCUGGUCACUGUAAUUAUUGUGAUCGCGAUUGGUGCUGAUGAUGUCUUUAUAUAUAGCAAGGUGUGGCACCUGGCAAAGUCAGAACCAAACAAUGGGACACUGGAGAAAAUUGUGUCCAACACGCUCAAGCACGCCACUUUGUCAAUGUUCGUGACAAGUUUUACAACCGCAGCAGCUCUAUUUACUACCACUAUAAGCUCCAUCACGGCCAUCAAAUGUUUCAGUAUCUAUGCUGGUCUGACUGUUGUCUGCAACUUUGUGUUGGUGGUGACAUGGUUACCUGCUUCCAUCAUCAUUCACGACAAGUGGUGUAACUGUGAGGCUUGGUAUAACCCCGAGUUCCUCACCACCAAAGGAGUCUGCUACUACCUGUGUAAAAUUCCUUAUAAGGUACAUAAUCAGUUCUCUGAUUGGUCAAAGAUACUUUUUGAGAAAGUAAUACCAUUUAUUAUGAUAAAAUUACGAAUCCUUUGGAUUGUUUUAUUAGGAGGAGUAGGAAUCGGUGGUGUUGUUGUGAUAUUUUUCUACCCAAAAUUAAAACUGCCCUCUUCUGAAAAAUUCCAAGUAUUUUCUUCUGAUCAUCUGUUUGAACGUUACGAUUUUGUGCUGAACAAUGAAUUUUGGUUUGAAAGAGAACACACACAGCACAGAUCACUGUUGCCCUUGACGAUGGUGUGGGGGGUCCACCCCAUAGACAAUGGUAACUGGCUGGAUCCUUUCAACAAAGGAGACCUUAAGUUUGAUUACAGUUUUAAUCCUACAACUGUUUCUGCACAAAAAUGGUUUUUGAAUUUUUGUAAGAAGAUACGACAGACAGAUUUUUACUUUGAUUUACCUGGCUUCCAGUUUACAAACUGUAUGUUUGAGGACUUCCAGGGCCUGAUGAAGAGGCCCUGUAUUGAUUACAUGCAGGGUAUAGAUCACAGUCCCUGUUGUAAUGCGACAGAUAGCCAGCCCCUGUCUUCCGCAGCCAUGAUCCAGUGUCUGACAGAGUACAUUCCAGCUCUCAGGACGACUCCCGGUGUCCGCUACAAUUUCUUCACCCCAGGCCUCAGAUUUUACAACGGUAGAAUAUGUGCCUUCAUUAUACAGUUCUUGAGUAACGAAACUUUUUCAUUUGCUUAUGACAAAAUUAAUGUUUUUUAUAAAAAAGUCAAUAGUUGGGUCACACAGGAGCUAUCGACAGCCCCAACUGAAAUAAAGAAUGGCUGGUUCAUCAGUGACUUUGAGUUUUAUGACCUUCAGAACAGUCUACUGCAGGAGACCCCAUUAGCAUUUGGUGUGUCGCUGGCUGUGGUGUCUGUUGUAGCAUUCCUGACGACCUUGAACUUGUUGAUAAGUUUCUUGGCAAUUUUGAGUAUUGCAUUUGUAAUGUUUACUACUGUGGCAGCUCUAGUGCUGCUGGGCUGGGAUCUCAACAUUCUGGAGUCUGUAGUGGUCACGGUGGCCAUCGGAAUGUCCAUAGAUUACACACUCCAUUACGGCGUGUCCUACCAACUGUGCCCUGACUUUGACAGACAGACACGAGUUUCCACCUCUGUAGCCAGGCUUGGAAAUGUUAUCUCCAUGGCGGCUUUGACCACGUUCCUGGCGGGAGCCAUGAUGAUGCCGUCCACAGUGCUUGUGUACCAGAAGUUUGGUAUCUUCCUGAUGCUGAUCAUUUCUAUCAGUUGGACCUACUCCACUUUUUUUUUCCAGGCCCUGCUAUGUGUGUGUGGACCUACGAAAGGUUUCACUCAAUUACACUGGCCAUCCAGUGAGUGUUGCUCAAACUCUGUCCCGGACCGGCGAGACAAAACUCGCUACUCCACCUCAGAGUCCACCAUGUCUACUUCCAGCAGCUAUCAUCACACAACGAGUACCGGUAGUGAGAGUCACGAGAUGGAGCCACUCACGGACGACUACAAGCACCGUCACACCAGUCGCUCACGUCCAAGCUACAGUCGCGCACUGGUGCACACUGAUUAUAGCCCAGAGCCUCCGCGACGUGGCAGUCAUGUUCGUUUCUCCAUUGAUAGUGUCGACAAAUCAGUGUCUGUGUUUGACCCUGAAGAUGAGAUAUCUCAUGCACAACGCUGUCGGUCGAGAGCAGAGUCUGAGGUCUUUUUUGAAGACGAAGAAAUAGAAUCUCAAACAAAUGACAGAAAUGAUAAAAAUAAAGACUCAGGAUCUUGACACUGAUUAUAUAACCAUAUAGCACACAUCGAUGUGUGACUUACCUCAAUCUGUUCCAAUACCAAACUUAGAAUCUCAGGUCUCACUGCAUACCGCUACUCCAUUGUAUCAGCAUUAUAUAUCACAAAUAUAUAAAUAUAUAUUUAAAUCUUUUCUGAAAACUUGUCAGAUAAUUGGACAUAUAUAAAAAAAAAAUCUAUUUAUCAAAAAUUCUUGUGGUAGUGUGUAGAUCCAAGUGAUACGUCUUCCAUUGAUAUGUGCUCAAACCGGACAUGCUACGAGGUCUGUUGUGGUAGGGGCAAUAUUUUACCGGUGAUAAGACUAGGACACAUUAUAAAGGGGCAUUCAUGAGCACAUAGGGAGGGUUGUUUAAAAAAGGGGGUCACAUGAAGAUGUGGGGGCAUGUCUAGAAAAGGGAUCACAUAGUAUGGAAGGCACACAUGUGCAGGGGGAGGGAGGAUCCAUGAAUGGGUGGGCGGUGUCUUGGAAAGGCAUAUGAGCCUGGAGGAGGGGGGCUUAGAAAAGAGAUCACUUGAGAGUGUGGGGACCUAAGAAAGGGGAUCAUAUGAGUGUGAUCAGCCUCAGAAUACAGACCACAUGACUGAAGCCUAAGAAAGGAGAUCACAUGACUGUGAGGGGCCUAAAAAUGAGAUCACAUGACUGUGGGGCCUUAGAAAGGGUAUCACAUGACUGAGGGGCCUUAGAAAGGAGAUCACAUGACUGUGAGGGACCUAAAAAUUAGAUCACAUGACUGAAAGGGGCUUAGAAAGGAGAUCACAUGACUGUGAGGGGCUUAGAAAGGGGAUCACCUGAACCUUGGUACUGCUUAUCCCUGAAAUUACCCUUAGUUAUUGAAAGUGUUUUAUAAGAAAUUACAAGUUGUUUUAAAAACCUUUUCAACAGGGGUGGGCUUAUAAGUGAACCUAGGCUUAGCGCUGGUAAAAUAUGGUAAUUUAGUGUUUUAUAUUUCUCAUUCCAGAUGUACAUACAUCCUAUUUAAAUAUUUUACAACUUUUAUGAUGAACUGUAUACAGAUAAAUCUUCAAAGACCGUCAUCAUUUUAUUAUAUGUUAUGAAGCUUGUGUCGAGUGAUGGAUAUGAUAUUUUUGUAGCAUCCAUUGUGAUUUAUAUAUAUAUAUGGUACAGUGAUUUAAAUGUAUCUCUUUGAGUAUUCUCCAUAUCAAUAAAUAAUAGUCCAGUAAAAAAUAUACUUAAUACAAAGUAAUUGCUCCAGCACAUUCUUUUUUAAAUUAAAAUAUACAUGUAAGAUAUUACCACUGCAGAGUUUUAUAAAGAAAAAGGGAAAAUUAGGUAAAAGGAAAAAAUAGGUAAUUAGUUUCCUGCUUUUUUAUAAUCAGUCAUGCUUAAUAGGGGCUGCUCAAAAAAAAGAAAACAAGCAUGUGUUAUAUUUUAAUAUAUAAGAAUCCAUGACACAAUAACAGGACACUCUCUGUAACUGAAGCAUUUCCUGGAGAAAUCAUUCUGUUCACAUCAACCAAACAUUGUGUAAAGUACCCUGAGGGCCUACGUCUGCUGUUUACUGUGGGCUAGAUGUCACUGAGUGUCAUACCAUUGUUGUCAGAUCUAAUUAGUACUCUAAAAGUCUAUAGAGUCACAAAAGUAUUUCGGUAAACAUUAAAAGGAAAUUUUGAUGAUUACUUAGAUCUAUGUGUUCUUCAAUAUUUAAGUCAAACUGAUUUAUUGUAAAAAGUUUUCAUAUUGAGCAAAAAAUAAGAACACUUAAAUGGAUGUGUAAACAAUGACCAAAAAAACCUUGAUUUUGACACACAUUGAUAUACGUAUAGACACAAUGAUAUACAUAUUGACACAAUGAUAUACAUAUUGACACACA